UAGAAACUUUUUUGUUUCUAUAUUAACCUCACUUUCUAUAUUUAUUUAUUUUCUGACAAAUUCAAAAACAAUAGUUUCAAUUCCAUUAGAUUGAUAUAAUAUAUUAUUGAAAAAUGGAUAUUGGAGAACUUUUGGAUUACAAGCCUCCUCAAGCUCUCAAGAGGCAUGUAGAUGUUGAUGAGGAUGAGAAUGAUCAUGAAAAAGCACGUAAAAUGCGUCGAAUUGCUAGAGCAAAAGCUAGCAAAAUGGCAAGACCAGUAUCUCCUACUCCUUCACAACCUCUGGAUAACAUCUCUGCUGAAGAAAGAGCUGAAAUUUUGAAGUUUGUGGAAACUGAACAGACACAAGGCGAAGUUAUUGAUGAAACUGCAUUGAAAAAAAUAGUACUCAACUUUGAAAAGCGUAGCCUCAGAAACAGGGAGAUGAGAAUUAAGUUCCCAGAUUCACCUGAAAAAUUCAUGGAAAGUGAAGUGGAACUACAUGAAACCCUACAAGAAAUGAGAGUUCUUGCCACAGCACCCGAUUUUUACCCUUUACUUGUUAAACUACAAGUGGUUCCCAGCCUUUUGGAACUCUUAUCACAUGAUAACACAGAUAUAUCAGUGGGUACAGUUGAACUACUCCAAGAGCUAACAGACGUGGACAUCCUCAAUGAAUCUGAAGAAGGUGCAGACGCCUUGAUAGAAGCUCUACUAGAACACCAAGUGAUAGCCCUGCUAGUACAAAACCUGGAACGCUUAGACGAGACAGUAAAAGAAGAAGCCGACGGCGUUCACAACACCCUCUCCAUAAUCGAAAACCUCAUCGAAUUGAGAACAGAAAUAACAAACGAGGCCACAAAACAAGGCCUCCUAGCCUGGCUGCUGAAGCGCUUGAAGGUCAAAGCCCCCUUCGAUGGCAACAAGUUAUACGCCAGUGAAAUGCUGUCGAUACUCCUGCAAGACAACGAAAAAAACAGGCUGGCUCUCGGUGACUUAGACGGCAUCGAUGGCCUGCUGCAACAGCUAGCUUUCUACAAAAGGCACGACCCCAACAGCGCAGAGGAGCACGAACUGAUGGAGAACUUAUUCAACUCCCUCUGCAGCGCCUUAAUGGUCGUACAGAACCGCGACAGGUUCCUCAAGGGCGAAGGGCUCCAGCUGAUGAAUCUGAUGCUGCGCGAGAAGAAAAUGUCCCGAAACGGCUCCCUCAAAGUCCUUGAUUACGCCAUGUCGGGCCCCAGCGGCAAAGACAAUUGCAACAAGUUCGUGGACAUCCUCGGGCUGCGAACCAUCUUCCCCCUGUUCAUGAAAACGCCCAAACGCAACCGCAGAAAAGUGCUUUCCACGGAGGAGCACGAGGAGCACGUUAGUUCCAUUAUAGCUUCGAUGCUCAGGAACUGCAGGGGGUCUCAAAGACAGAGACUGGUCAGCAAGUUCACGGAGAACGAUCACGAGAAAGUCGACAGGCUUCUCGAGCUGCACUUCAAGUAUUUAGAAAAGGUGGAAAACGUCGAUAAUAACCUCGAAGACAACGAAGAGGACGAUGAUGCGGUAUAUUUGAGGCGUUUGGAAGGGGGGCUGUUCACCCUGCAACUGGUGGACUAUGUUAUAGUGGAAGUUUGUGCAGCUGGGCCGGCGAGCAUCAAACAGCGGGUCAUGCAGAUUUUGAAUUUGCGCGGGGCUUCACUGAAAACCAUCAAGCACAUCAUGCGGGAGUAUGCGGGGAAUUUGGGAGAAGAAGGUGAUAAAGAAUGGAGGGAUGUGGAGCAGCAGCAUAUCCUUAAUUUAGUUGAUAAGUUCUAGGUCUUAUUUAUCAAUAGUUGCUAAUACAUUUUCCUAAUAUAUAAAAUUCAUAAAAAUGACUUUUUCUUGUAUUCGAACAACUAGG